CAUCAAGUUAGUCCGCGACUUGCAUCUAUUCCGAACGGUUCUAAAAAAGAAAGAUACAAAAGUAUCUUUAAGACGUAACAAAUAAAUUUCAGCUUUCUCGCAUGAGAUUAAUUCAGAUAAAAGGGAGAUUAACGAUACUUUUAACGAAUAUCUUGUGGAUUUGAAAAUAAAAGUGCUUAAAAGGCGCUUCAACAAUGAAGUCCUUGAUUCUACUUUUCCUGCUUGUGGGAACGUAUAGCUGGAGCGAUGCCUACAACUAUCAACGAUCAAAUUCUUACCACAGUUCGAGUUCAUCUUCCAGUGCAAAUUUAAAUGCUGGCUGUUGUAAGCUUUCGCCAUGGGCAAACGCGCAUAUUGAUGCCGUCCAAUCAAUGGCUAACCAAUUAAGACAGGCUUAUAAUGCAAGAUCUCGCGGACAAGCCGCAAGGUACACUAAUCAAGCUUGGAGUGAAAACUUUGCCAUGUCAAUUGGAAAGACCAAUGACGAAGUCAACGCUCUAACUCAAAAACUUUCCGACCAAAUUGUCGCUGAUAUGCAUGCUGGCCGAUUAUCCUAUGGAGAAGUUGCUCAGCCAAACUAUUUCGAAGCAAAAGCAGCUGAUGCUUUGGAAAAACUAGCUGAUGACUCAGAAUACGUUGACACUCAACAAAGACAAGUUGAUCUUUUUGAGCCAGGAGUACCACAAGUUAUGUCUGCAGUUGAUCUUAGCAAAUUUGACGAUGUCAAACAUUACAAUUUUCCAACUGAGGUGAAAGUUGUCAACGGUCAAACUAUCAUUACUAACAAAAACUGCACAACAGCAACAAUGCGAGGUGGAAGUGAAUACAGUCCGAUUGUGAGGACAGUUCGUGUGAAUAGGACCACAACACACUCAACUGUACCGUAUUAUGUUUCUCAGGUAAUUCCUCAAGGAAUUUCUCAGGGAAAUCCCUUUUUCAACCGUCAAGAACAUAGCAUCUACCGGCAUUUAAAUAAACAGGAAGCAACCGUUCCCAAUUACUCACCACAAGUGACCGUCGAUGAUAGUUUUAGCGCGGGAAUGAACCAAAUGAACACUCAUUACACUCCACCAAUUGUCAUUCCAGUAGAAGGUGGCGACAUGCCUGAACCGAUUGGAAUUGGUAAUCAGUAUGGAAUUCGUCCUGGUUCAACAGUGACUGUUAAAAAAUACAACCGUAAAGUUAUUACCGGACCUGAUGGCAGACCGAUAGUAAGUGGAAGUCAAAGCGAGUCGGUUUGGGAUAAUGGACAGCUUGUAUAUAAUUAUAAUGCUCCAUUUGGCAAUAACUCCUGGACCAAGGACGAUAUGUGGAAGCGAGAGGAACGAGAAAAACUAUUCUGGUUGUUCCAGGAUGGAGUCAUUAAUAGUAAAGAACUAGAAGAAUGGCAAAUGAACCAAGAGGAACGUUUACUGGCUUUAGCUUAUAGAUCUAACAGAACUCUGGAAGAAAUCGAAGAAUGGCAAAGGCAAGAGUUAGACCGUUACAAGGUUUUAGUCAAUCAAUACAGCGUAGAAAAUUCGAACCUUAAGGAAUGGCAAAGACGUGAACGUGGCCGAAUUGACUGGCUAAUUCACCAAAAUGGAAUCUCCCGAGAAGAACUAGAACGCUGGCAAAAAGAGUACAAUCAAAAACUUGCUAUCCUUGCCGCACAAUAUAAAAUUUCAAUUGAAGAACUCAAGGCCUACCAUCGUCAAGAACUGAACCGUCUUCAUACGAUCUUCAAUCAGCAGAACUCUCAAAUAAACAGCAGUCGCCAGAGUAAUAUUAACAUCUUCCAGAAACAAGAAAGUGAUCGUUUGAACAGCAUUUUGCAGCAACACAAUUCUACAGUGGAUCAGCUAAAAGAGCAGAUCCGACGUGAUCAAGAUCGUUACAAGUCUUUGGCACAACAAUACCAAAUCAGUGUUAAGGACCAAGAGACAUUUUUCAAGAACGAAUUGGAACGCUUGACCAAAGUUAUCAAUGAUCAGCAAGCUGAAAUGAGAAGGAUCACUGAUUGGCAAAGAUCAGAAAGAAGCCGAUUGGAGGAUAUAAUCCGCCAUCAUAAUUUGACUGUGGGAGAGUUGGAACAAAAAAUGAAACUCGAUCGAAGCUAUCUUCAGACUUUGGCUCAGAAAUAUCACAUUAGCAUGGAAGAACUUGAGAAAUGGCAACGAUCUGAGCUGGACAGACUUCAUGAAACUGGAAAAGUGAAUCUGCAGAAAGAGUUGGAAGAAUGGCAGCAACAAGAAAGAGCUCGAAUGUUGGCUAUCAUUAAGAAGAACGAUCUUACCAUCGAAGAUUACGAAUCAAAGAUUGCUAACGAUCGUGCUAGACUUCAACAAUUGGCAUCAACUUAUCAAGUGCAGGUUGAAGAUAUCGAAAAAUGGCUCAAAGAAGAAGCUCAAAGAUUGAAGAACGAAGGAGUUUUCUCAGAGGUUCAGAAAAAUCUAACCAUUUGGCAACAACAAGAACGAGAUCGCCUACAAGCGAUUGUACAAAACAAUGAGUUGACUAUUGAAGAUUUACAGAAUAAGAUCAGUAAGGACCAAAAUAGACUGUUUACAUUGGCGAAUACCUACCAAGUGAGAGUUGAAGAAGUUGAAGAUUGGCUUAAGAAAGAAAUUCUUAGAUUACAAAGUCAAGGCCUGGUGAAAGCGGAAGAUUUGCAAGAUUGGCAAAAGACAGAAAGAGAAAAGAUUCUUCAAUUAAUUGAAGCAAACAAGCUUUCAGUUGAAGAUUAUGAGAAAAGACUAUUGAACGACAAAUCCUAUCUGCAACAAUUGGCUACACAAUACCAUGUUGAACUGAAAGAUAUUGAAACAUGGCUACGCAAAGAAUCUGAUCGGCUUCAGAGUCUUGGUUUGAUUGAGGAGGAGAAACUAACCGAAUGGCAAAAAAUCGAACGAGAACGUCUCCUAGGUCUCAUUCAAAAGAAUGAACUAUCUAUUGAAGAUGUCGAAAAGAAGAUCAAGGCCGAUCAAGUGCAUCUCUAUUCCCUAGCUCAUCGGUAUUCAGUACGUGUUGAAGAAAUUGAAGAAUGGCUAAAGAAGGAGGUUUUGCGUCUUCAAAAUCAACAGAAUAUUGAAUCUGCAAGUUUGAAAGAUUGGCAGAAAACCGAACGUGAUCGCAUACUGAUUUUGGUUAAGCAAAACGAUUUGACAAUCGAUGAGUUUAUUCAAAAGAUCAAAACCGAUCAUGCUUAUCUUCAGCAACUGGCACAGCAAUAUAAUAUUCGCAUUGAAGAAAUCGAAGAAUGGGCUAGAAAUGAAGGAACACGCCUUGAAAGCCUUGGACUUAUUAGACCAAAUGCAGCUUUGACCGAAUGGCAGGAACUUGAACGUGAUCAUGUUCUUCAAGUGGUUCAAGGUGAUGAUCAGUUAUCACUUGAUGAGUUGGAAGAACGUUUGAAAAACGAUCGUGCUCAUCUAAUGAGCGUGGCUCAAGAAUAUCAAGUGCAGGUACAAGAUAUCGAAGAAUGGAUUAGAAAGGAACUUCAACGUCUACAAAACCAAGGAGUUGUUCAAAUUGAAAAACUUAAGGAAUGGCAACAAACCGAACGCAAUCAUUUGACAGCCUUGAUAGCUCAGCAGCAAGAUGGUUUCUCUGUGGAUGAGUUCGAGAGACAACUCAAAGCUGAUCGUCAACGAUUGCAAAACUUGGCCUACCAAAAUAAUGUCCAGGUUAAGGAAAUCGAAGAAUGGAUUCACAAAGAAUUGGCCCGUAUGAAAGCCCAAGGACAAGAAAAAAUCGACAAUCUAACUGAAUGGCAGAAGAAUGAACGUGAUCGUUUGUUAGUUCUUGCUCAGCAAAAUAGCGAUUUGACUGCUGCAGAACUUGAGAAAGAACUACAAGCUGAUCGCAAUCGCUUGCAGAAUCUUUCUUGGCAGUAUCAUAUUGAAGUAGAAGAAGUCGAGGAGUUUAUCAGAAAGGAAAUUCAAAGACUUCGAGAUCAAGGAAAAUUGCAUAUAGAGAAUCUCAGUACCUGGCAGAUCGAUGAACGUAAACGCCUUCAGGAUCUAAUGCAGAUGCAGUCGCAUUUGAGUGUUGAAGAAGUUGAGAAACAACUCAAGGCUGAUCGCAAUCGUUUACAACAGCUUGCUAGGCAAUAUCACAUCCAAGUUGAAGAAGUCGAGACAUGGAUUCGUAAGGAAGCCGAUAGACUAAGAAAUCAAGGUGAGCUUCACAUUAGCAGCUUGACAGCCUGGCAACAGAACGAAAGAAAGAGAAUCCAACAACUUAUUCAAAACAACAAUGAUUUGACUGUUGAAGAUCUUGAGCUGCAAUUGAAGGCUGAUCAAAACAAGAUUCAACAGCUUGCUAAUCAAUACCAUGUUAGUGUGGAAGAAAUCGAGGAAUGGAUCCGAAAGGAAUUGCAGCGUUUGAGAAACGAGGGCAAAUUAGAAAUAGAGCACUUGAAUGCUUGGCAAAAGUCCGAAAAAGCACGUUUAAUUCAACUAGCUCAGCAGCAAAGUCAGCUUACACUUAUGGAAUUCGAAGAAAAACUUACCGCUGAUCGUAGACGUUUGGAACUCUUGGCAAACCAAUAUCAUAUUUCCGUUCAAGAAAUUGAAGAAUGGAUUAAAAAAGAAGCUGAACGUUUGGAAAACCAAGGAAUUAUUGGUGAUUUGAAGGAAUGGCAGAAACUGGAACGUUCCAAAAUCCAUGAUAUGCUGCUGCAAUCCAAUUUGACAAUUGAAGAAUUCCAAGAAGAACUGAAAAAAGAUCGUAGCCGACUUCAAAAUCUGGCUUUUCAAUAUCAACUAACCGUUGAAGAAGUCGAAGAAUGGAUUUUGAAUGAGGUUCAUCGUCAAAUUAAACCCGAACCUUUGACUGUUUGGCAGAUUGGGGAGAAAAACAGAUUAGAAAAUUUGAUUCGAGGAGAAGAUUUAACUCUGGAUGAACUUGAAAGAAGAAUUAAGAAUGAAAGAAGUCGCAUCAAUCAGUUAGCUAUUCUCUACCAUGUAACUGUUGAAGAAAUUGAAGAAUACAUUCGAUCAGAGGGAAGACGUUUGAUUAAGCCACAACCAUUAACUACCUGGCAAAUAGAUGAACACGAACGCAUUUUACAACAAAUUGGUCAACCACAGAGUCUUACAAUUGAAGGUCUGGAAAAUCAAAUCAGAUCACAGCGUUAUCGUUUGCAACAACUUGCACAACAAUACCACAUCACCGUGGAAGAAAUCGAAGAAUGGAUAAGGAAGGACGGAAGACGAUUGAUCAAGCCCGUUUAUCAACCUUCUGCUGGAUAUGCAAGCCCCUGGCAACAACACGAACGUGAAUAUCUAUUAGCAUUGGUUCGCAACAAUCAUAUUACAAAGAAGACAAACUUUGAAGACCGUUUGUCUGAAGAUAACAUGAGAAUGGCCAAUGUUGCUGCUCAUUAUCAAAUCACAGUUGAAGAUAUCACCGAUUUCUUGAGAAACGAAUAUCAACGAUUGCUUCAGCAAAAUCUCAUUUCUGAUGGUGAAGAUACUAUUGUUGAAGUAGCCCAAUGGCAAGGACCUGAACAAAAACACAUCGAGCUUCUUCUGCAAGAACAUACAUGGUCUAUUGAAGAACUUGAACGGGAACUCGGCAAAGAUAGAGAGCGUCUUCAGCAAUUAGCCAAUCAGUACCACGUAACUGUUGAUGAAAUUGAAGAAUGGUACCGCUCUGAGUUGCAAAAGUUACUUCAACAAAAGAAAUUACAAUCAGAAAACCUCACAGAUUGGCAAAAACGUGAAAAGAAUCGUUUGUACACUACCAUUACUCACCAACAAAUCAGCAUUGAAGAAUUAGAAAGACAAUUAGAGAGCGAUCGUGCAGUUUUACAACGUCUUGCUGCCCAAUAUCGAAUUACACUCGAACAAUUGAUCAACUGGCAACGUAAAGAGCUUGAACGUUUGUCCAAUCUGGGCUACGGAAAACCUAUUGAAUCGGCCAGUCUGAAGAAUUGGCAAAAUAUCGAAAGAAAACGACUUCGAACAAUUCCCGUCAAGGUUAUCAUAACGAGGGAAGAACUUUUAGAAUUCAUUGAAUCAGAUAGAUUAUUCCAAAAUAAUCUGACAGCCAACUAUGAAGUUUCCCCUCAGGAGCUUUUUGAAUUCCAAAGUCAAGAGUUGCUAGCUAUGCAAAACGAAGGUCUUUUGGAAACUUUGAGGUUAAACCAUCUUGAAGAUUGGCAACGUCGUGAACGAGAUCGCCUAUACAGUUUGAUACGUACCCAAAGCUUCUCAUCCAAACAAUUGCCAGCAUGGCAGACUGAUGAGAAAACAACAAGAAUUGCUGCUACAUAUAACUUGCCCGCAUAUAUCUUGAGAAACUGGCAAAAACAAGAGAUAGAACGCAUUGAAAAUAUUGCCAAGCAUUAUAAAAUGAGUCUAAACGUUUUGGAGGACUUCAGAUUUAGAGAAAUUGAACGUUUACAAAUGAUUUCCCACAAAGACUAUGUCGCCGAAGCCGCCUACAAUAACUGGUCAAAUCGGGAAGAUACUCGUUUGAGAGCGUUGAUGGGUCGAACUGGGUUAUCAGGAGCUCAAUUAGACAAAUGGCGAAGAAAGUUGUACCUUUUGGCACAGGGACUCAUUGACUUGAACUUCAAUGAAGGUGGAUAUGGAGGAAUCGAAUUGAAUACCUCUACAUCCGCUUCAGGUAAACGCAACGAGACUAUCAGCAGUGACCGGGGAGAUCAGCCACCUCAGGUGUAUCACGAGCUAGAAGAAUCGGAACCAAGUUUAGGAUAUGCAUCUGAUACUAUGCCACCAAUAUUGUCAGAGUCUAAUCCACCACCAGCCGCUUAUCUUCCAUCACGACAAGAUAAAUCACAACACGGUUAUGAUUCAGGUCACCCGGCCCCAGCUCUCCGUGCCCCUCUAACCACCGCGAUCACCUAUCCUCAAACUGUUGGAAACGAAUACACGCAAAGAAUCCAUCGCAAAAAAGAAUACACAUUCACUGCCCCAGUUGUCCCUGAUGAUACCUACCAGCAUGAUCGGUAUUCAUUAGGUCGUGGUUCACCAUCUUAUGGCAAUCCCAAUGCUCAUCAGAAUUAUGAUGACGAUAUGGGACAACAAGCUCAAGUUGAAAAUUGGAAUUCCUAUUCUGACUAUGAAGGUCAGAAGAGUGAGAAAUUCGAAGAUUAUGGCCAACAACAACAAGUUGAUAUGGGACAUCUGACCGCUGAAGAUCUUGGUCAACAACAACAACAAGAAGAGCUUGGACAUUUGACAGCUGAAGAAAUCGGAGGUCAACAAGUUCAACAAGAAACCUAUCAACAUUCAGCAUCAGAACAAGUGUCUUACAGUCAGAAGCCUGAGCAGAAUAUGGCUCCAGUGGUGGGAUCAAGCGCAGCACCAGAAAAAGUUGUUGUUGCUGCUGAAGCUAUCACAGAGAAGCCAAAAUCUAUAUGGGGAAAGGCAAAAUCAUGGUUUGGUUAAUAAAGAGACUGCUGAAAUAUUCACACAUUUUAAAAGCUCAUAUGGAAUUCUAAAUGUUGUCAAGAGUGAAUAUUUAUUUUAAAUAAAACUAAAUUUAAUACUUGAAAAAUGUUAAAUGUCGAAAGCUAAUAUGCCAUACUAUUUUUAAUACUAAUUCUUGUUUCCUUAAAAAAAAUUAGUUUUUAUACUGUUUUUGUAAGUUUGUACCUACCAAUUAUUUGUUUUUUUUUUUUGUUUAUUUUUAUUUUAUUUCUAUGGACACUCAUAAUUGUAGAA